AUGGCGCACGCGACGCUCCUCCGGUCUCUACGACCGACCCCCUCCCUCCGUCCUCUCCUCCGGCGACAUGCCCACAAUGGUGGAUAUCAACCGUUUGUACCACCAUCACCAAGCUCACUAGGCGCACCUCAAGCAGCAAAGACCUACACCCGUACCAGGAAAUGGCUACGGCGAUUAUUCUACACCUCCGUCACAGUGGGCGUGAUCUACGGCAUCGAUAACCAAUUCUACGCCGCCUCAUUAACGCGAACCGCACGAACAUUCUCCCUCGGCCUCCUGGUCGCACUAGACUACAAGAUUAAUUUCACUCCACAUCCCCCCCUUCGCAACUUCUAUUGCAGCGGUGCAUGCUCGCAAUGCGGAGCGCUUAUCAGAUCUCCUACGUCAUAA